AUGGAUGCCCUUAUUGCUCAAAUCCAAACUUUGGCCCAUGCCACCGAUGAUGCGGGUCGACUGAACAUCCAAAGAGCUCUUCAAAAUGUGCAAAUGGAGAUUCAAUCCCCGCAGGAUGUUUUGAUGCAAUUUGGAAACGCUAAUCUACUUAUCGCAAUGCUUCGUCUGGCAGUCGAUAUUGGUAUAUUUCGGCAACUUACCAAAUCCCAUAGUCCUUUGACUGUACAGCAACUGGCUGAGGCUAAUGAUGCAUCGGUAUCUUUUAUGCAACGAGUUCUUCGCUAUCUCGCCUCCAACAACAUGAUAACCGAGGUUUCUAUGAAUGAAUAUCGGGCAAACACCAUCACCUACAUUCUCGCCGAUCCUCGAGGAGAGGGAAUGGCGUAUCAUGGAUUUGAUGUGUUUGGUCCUAUUGUUCAAGUCAUGCCCGAAUUCUUCAAGAACAAUCAGUAUCGAGACAUUACGAGCAAUACCGAUACGCCAUUCCAGAAAGCCUUCAAUACUAAUCUCAGCUGCUUUGACUGGCUUGUUCAGCAUCCCAAGCAUUUUGGGUCUCUGCAAAAGGUCAUGACUGCCCUUGAAGGUGCAGAGUGGACAGUUGGAUUUGAUCUCAUUGAGACAGAAGCCAGAAAGAUCCAAUCAAGCCCACAGCCAUCGGAAAGACCAUUUUUUGUCGAUGUUGGUGGUGGCCAUGGUCAUCAAUGUGUUCAACUGGGCAAAAAAUAUCCCCACCUCCUCGGACGUCUCGUACUGCAGGAUCUGCCCGAAGCAAUAGACAGACUGCCUCCGAUCGAGGGUGUGAAGGCUGAAGCCUACGACUUCUUUCAAAAAGAAACAAUCACAGAUGCCAAGUUCUACUAUCUGCGUAGAAUCAUGCACGAUUGGCCCGACAAGGAAGCUGCAGUCAUUCUCGGCAACAUAAGCAGCGUCAUGUCAUCCGACUCACGUAUCUUGAUUGACGAGGUCGUUUUGCCUGAUACUGGGGCACACUGGCAAGCAACUAUGGCUGAUCUGUCGAUGAUGAUUGCUUUUGGGGGAAAGGAGCGAUCAACCCAACAAUGGUAUUCCCUUGUCGACCUCGUUGGUCUGCGAGUUGAACAAAUCCAUACUUAUGUGGCCUCCACUUAUACGUCAAUUCUUGUUCUUGCGCGGAAGUAG